CAAAAACCCUAAUAUCCUACCCUAAAUCUCUCUGCAACUUCCAAACAUCGAACCAACAUUAUAAUGGGGAAACAAAGCAAAAAGAGCAAGAACAAGAGAGUCACUCUGAAGCAGAAGAACAAGGUGCUAAAGAAGGUAAAGCUGCACCACAAGAAGAAGGCCAAAGAGGCAAAGAAGCUUGGUAUGAACAAAAAGCCUAAGGUCGACAAACAUGCUGAUAACAAUGAUGACUCGCCUUUAAAUGAUGAAGAACUCAAGGCUCUCGAGGCACGUCGUGCAGCUAAGGCUCUCAAUGGAAUCGAGCACAAAAAGGCUGCAAGCCAAGAGAGGGUUAAAAAAAGGAAGUUGGGACAAUUGGAUGAAGAUGAAGAUGAUGAUGAUGAUGAUAUCACAAAUCUGCCUGAAGCCCGUGAUGAUUUUACAGUUCCGAGUAAGAUAAGGGACAAUUCAGAGAGAUCUUUCUACAAGGAAUUGGCAAAAGUUAUUGAAGCAUCAGAUGUCAUCUUGGAAGUUCUUGAUGCUCGGGACCCACUUGGUACUCGUGCUGCUGACAUGGAAAAGAUGGUUAUGAGAGCCGGGCCUGAGAAGCAUCUAGUUUUGCUGUUAAAUAAAAUUGAUCUUGUUCCUCGUGAAGCUGCUGAAAAGUGGCUCAAGUAUCUUAGAGAGGAGUUGCCUGCAGUUGCUUUUAAGUGUAGUACACAAGAACAGAGGUCAAAUCUUGGGUGGAAGUCUUCCAAGUCUGCAAAGAAGACAAGCAAUCUUUUACAAACAAGUGACUGUCUUGGAGCAGAAACACUUUUAAAGUUGCUUAAAAAUUACUCAAGAAGUCAUGAGAUUAAAAAGUCAAUCACUGUGGGUGUGGUUGGGCUACCAAACGUUGGUAAGAGCAGUCUAAUCAACAGUUUGAAGAGAUGCCAUGUGGUGAAUGUGGGGGCGACACCUGGACUGACAAGAACCAUGCAGGAAGUCCAGUUAGACAAAAAUGUUAAACUUUUGGAUUGCCCUGGUGUUGUCAUGCUUAAAUCCGGAUCCGGGGAUAAUCAUAAUGAUGCUUCCAUUGCACUUCGCAAUUGCAAAAGAAUUGAAAAGCUAGAAGAUCCUGUUGCCCCAGUGAAGGAGAUUCUCAGGUUAUGCCCUGAGCAAAUGUUGGCAAGGAUUUACAAACUUUCCGGCUUUGAUUCUGUUGAUGACUUCCUUUACAAAGUAGCCACCAUUAGAGGUAAGCUUAAAAAGGGAGGGAUUGUGGAUAUCAAUGCUGCUGCAAGAAUCGUGUUGCAUGAUUGGAAUGAAGGUAAAAUUCCGUAUUACACGAUGCCUCCAAUUAGGAACGAAGGAGUGGUUAUGGAGGCAAAUAUAGUUUCUGAACUUGGAAAGGAGUUCAAUGUGGAUGAAGUAUAUGGCACCGAUUCCACCAUAAUCGGAAGCUUAAAAUCCCUAGAUGAUUUUAACUCUGUUACUCUCCCACCCAAUAAUCCCAUUGCUUUUGACCAGACAAUGCUAUUUGAGAAGGAUAAACCAUCUGCUGAUGAAAACCAAGUAGAAAAAAUCAAUCAUGUGGGUGAGGACGAAGCAAUGGGUGAAGAUGAUGAUGGUGAUAGAGUGGACCCGGUGAUUAAGAGUUCAAAUAGUCGACAGAACGAAAAAUUGUAUGCUGUUGAAGGUGUUUUAAACACAAAGUUAAGGAAAGCUGAGAAAAAGAGAAGGAAAAAGGCUAAUAAAUUGGCUUUAAUGGAAGGAGAUGAUGAUGAGUCCAUGAAGGAUGUCAAAAAUGAAUCGGGUAAUGGGAUGAAUGUUGAUGAGGGAGAUGAUGACGUGUCAGUUAAAGAGGUCACCAACAACAGAUUUGCAUUGGCUGAUUUGGACGUGGAGCUCUAAGGUUUAAGGUUUUUUAUAUUGUCACUUUGAAUUUUGCCGGUAGAGAAUGUUUUUACUUUUUAUCCAGUUUACGAGGUUAAUAUAUAUUUUUGUGAUGGUGUAACGAACUAUUUUGGUUUAAUUACGAAAUUAAGACUUUUUUA